UAUAAAAAAAAAAAGAAAAAAAGGUUUUGUGUGUUUUGUUGCCAACCCUGUCCAAUAUUCGGAUCAAUUGUAGCAACCUAUUUCAAAGUCGUGAUUCCCGGCUUCUUAUCGCAUAAUCUUCGCGGGAUAGCUAUGUCAGAUUCUACUAUUCUACUUCAACGAAGUAACAAGUUUGAAUCUAAAAAAUAUUCUAGUUUUGAAUCAGAAGACCGCAUGGAAGAUUCAAGACACAGAAGUCGAUCAAGGAGCCGUGACAGAGAUAGAAAACGCAGGAGUCGUUCUCGAAGCCGCGAUAGAAAGCGAAGAAAAAGCCGUUCUCGAAGUCGAGAUCGCCGAUCUAGUCGUUCAACUCCCAAAACCAAAAGAAACACGCUUUGGGAUGUCCCUCCUAAAGGUUAUGAAGAUAUUACUCCUGUGCAAUUUAAAGCUUUAAGAGCUUCCGGGCAAGUUGAAAUGCCAACACCACUUUCUGGUGGUGUGAUACCAGCCACUGCUUUGCCUCAAGGUGCACAAAUGACUAUGCAAGCAAGAAGAUUAUAUUGUGGAAAUUUACCUUUUGGUAUUACAGAGGAUCUUAUGGUCGAUUUUUUCAAUGCAAAAAUGCGAGAGUCUGAUAUGGCUAGACAACCUGGAAAUCCUGUCCUAGCUUGUCAAAUAAAUUUAGAAAAAAAUUUUGCAUUUUUAGAAUUUCGUUCCGUUGAAGAAACAACACUUGCAAUGGCUUUUGAUGGUAUCAUUCUGCAGGGGCAAGCAUUGAAAAUUCGAAGACCAAAAGAUUAUCAACCAAUCCCUGGAAUAAAUGGUAUGGCAUAUCCUACAUUGUUUGCUGAAUCACAAGCUACUCAUAUACCAGGUGUGGUUUCGACUGUUGUAUCCGAUACUAUAAAUAAAGUUUUUGUUGGUGGUCUACCAAACUACUUGAAUGAAGACCAGGUGAAAGAGUUAUUGUCAACAUUUGGAGAACUAAGAGCAUUUAAUCUGGUCAAAGAUUCAGCUACAGGAUUAUCUAAAGGAUAUGCGUUCUGUGAAUAUGUUGAUAUAGGAAUUACUGAUGUGGCUAUCGCUGGCAUGAAUGGAAUGCAAUUGGGUGAUAAAAAGUUAAUUGUUCAAAGAGCUAGUGUUGGAUCGAAGACUAUGACUGCACAACUAAACAUUCCUGGUUUUGACUUAAACAAAGAAAUUACAGCCACAAAUAUUCUUUGUCUUAUGAACAUGGUGGUAGCAGAAGAACUUAUGGAUGAUGAAGAUUAUGAUGAAAUCUUUGAAGACAUACGUGAAGAAUGUUCAAAAUACGGACGAAUAAGAAGUAUGCAAAUACCCCGACCUAACAACGAAUUUCUGGUUUCUGGUAUUGGAAAAGUUUUUAUUGAAUACGCAACUUCUGGCGAAUCGAAAGUCGCCAGUGAAGCGCUUGCUGGAAGAAAAUUUGCUAACAGAGUUGUUGUUACAGCAUACUACGACCCAGAUUCUUAUCAUCGACAUGAUUUUUCUUAGAUCAUUUAUAUGUAAUAAACGAUUAAAGACUGAAAUCUUUUGAUCUGAGAACUGUUAGAUUAGAUCGCUCAUACAUUUAAUAUAGUCAAGUGUAUUAUUAGGAUGACCAAAUAAUGUUCCUGAAAAGAACAUUCUGUAAAUUAUUCCUUUAUUAAAACAUCUCAUCAUAGUAAGUUGUUGCUUGUUACAGCGCGUCACUUGUAAUAUCCUUUACAUACAAAAUUUUUUAACGAUGUUAUAA